UCCGUUCGGCUGGCUAGGCGUGAACCCGCGCGCGGCUAGCAAAAGCGAGCGAGCGAGAAAGAUAGCGGGAGAAAGAGACAGGGAGAAAAGUGUCGCGCGAGUGUCCUGUAUCGUGGCGAGACAUCACCUUUUUGCUGGAAUACCGUCCGCCACGUUCUCGGCGCGUGGGGACGCGAAAUUCACGCGAGUGCCGAAUUGCGUCGCGACGACGACGUUGACGUCGACGACGCUCGCGCUGGAGGAAAACGAGAUGACGUACGCGCGGCACGCGAUAGAUUCCUGGUAAGUACGGCAACGACAAGUCGUUCGCGGCCGCGGGACAUCGCGGGGCCGAGGAAGGAGGAAAGGAAGGAAGAAGGCCCGCUUCGUUUCCACGCUCGACGCCCGCCCGGAUGUGGCCCGCGCGUUUCCCCGCCAGGAGCCAGACGACGACCGAGAGCCCGGCAGCUCGACGAUAAGGAGGGCAGCGCGGUGCGUUCGAGUGCGUUUCCCUUCCUCGACGGAAGGCAGAAGCGGAAGCGGCAGCUGCGGGAACAGCCAGUCGCAGCAACGACGCAGCGGGGAGUGGGAGAGGGAAGGGAGUCGCCGCCGCGUUUCCCCCGCAUCGACCUGGAAUGUCGCCGCCACGGUUGUUUUGACGUCGGGCUCCCGCCGCUAUUGCGCAUGAAAAAAAGAGGAGACGCACGAGCGCAAAGAAGAAGGAGAGAGACGGAGAAGCCGCGCUGUCCUUGGCAGUAGCCUAUUUACCGAGAGGAGAAGGCGCGGACCGAAUUAGGGGCGAAUUUCGGCCAGGCCGUCGAGCGGACUCUUCCCCGCCGCGUCGUGCAACCGCGUCCUCGUCGGAACGUCGCGACGGGACGCGCGCGCGCUCGCGACCAGAGAGAACACGCCUUGCCGUGAAUCCCCUCCCCGCGGUUCCCCUUUUAUCCCUUCCGGCCCCGUCCCGUGUCGCGAGCCGUGCACGCUCGCGCUCCUCGGCCGUCUGUCUAGUUCGCUGACCAUCCAUCCAUCCAUCCAUCCAUCCAGCUAGCUAUCCAUCCAUCCGCCUAACCAUCCAUCCAUCCAUCCAUCCAUCCAUCCAUCCAUCCAUCCAUCCAUCCAUCCAUCCAUACAUCGUCGCUCCGUCCGCGCGCACGCGCGCGUACGGGCGCGCGUGUGGUGCGUGUAUCUGUGUGCAAGCGCGCGCGCGCAUACUCUUGUGUAUACACGUCACCGUCGUGGACCACGCAGUAAAUCGCGUUAUUCGGCGUGAUAAACAGGUGCGGGAAGAAAGGGCGGCUCGCCCGCUCGCUUGCUCGCUCGCGGCCGCGCCUCGUGGCGACGAUUCCGGUCGUUCCCGACCUCGAGGGGAGCGACGGAGGGAGAGGCGGGUGAAUCGCGAAUCGUUCGCUAAACGGGGGCCACACGUCCCGUCGCGGAGCCUCGGACGAUGGUGCGCGGACGGCUCUCUCGGAGCGCCGCGGCAGGCGAAAUUAGACGAAACCGCGCGUGACAGGUGGAUUCCGAGGCGUGCCGAGACAUAGAAAGAGACAGAGAGAGAGAGAGAGAGAGAUAGAUAGUAACACGGACCAAAGGAGGGAGUGCGAAGCGAGAGUGAGAGAGUGCCGUCGCGACAUCUCGGAGUCGUCGGGCGCGUUCGACGCUGAUCGCAGGAUUUCCCCUACUUGCUUUUCCGACAUCGACGAGAAAAGCGGGAAAGAUCGAGCGUGUGUCGCGUUGUUCUCGCGUGGCAGCCGUUAUUAUUGUUGUCGUUCCCCCUAACCUACCUACGGGACGCGAGGUGGACGUCCGCGCGCGGCCGUAGGGAAGAAGAAGGAAGAGAGGAGAGGAGAGGCAGCGGAGCGCGAAACGACGCACGCCGAAGCACGCCCUUGGGAGCGAGCGUCGUCGAGUGCACAUGCACCGACGGUGGUGCUGUUGCUUGUGCGCAUCGUCGCUUAUUUACCUCCCGAAACGUGCUCGUGCGCUAACGUAAGCGCGACGGCGCCAAGGCCGAGAGCAGGAGCGUCUCUCCCGUCGAAGAGAGAGGAAGAGAGAAACAUCAGUGACUCGGCGCGUUGACACUUUGACAGCCGCUUUUGUUGUUAUUGUUAUGCUCGCGAAAGUGCGCGGAUCGCGUUGUGAUCGCGUUGCGACGUUGCUCGAAAGGUAGAGAGAGAGAGAGAGAGACGUUUGGCGCGAAUUUUCCUCCUCGUCGACAUGAAUCCCCGUGCGGUUUCUCCUUAAGAUCGUAUGCACGAGGAGAAAGGACGUGGCAGCGGGAAGCUCGCGCGAGAACGAACGAUGCCAUGUGAAUGAUACGGAUACGAGGGGCCCCGCGUCGCACUCGUGAAAGUUCCCUUCGUAACCGACGACGAUCGACCAUGUCCACGGCCAAGGGCUCGGCGUCGCUCUCGGGCGGGCCCGUGAUCCUCUGCGGCCACCUGAAGAAGCUCAAGACGAUGAAGAAGAAGUACUUUGUCCUGCGGGGCGAGGCGCCCGGCUACCUCGCCUGCCUCGAGUACUACGACACCAAGAAGAAGUUUGACAACAGGCAGUCGCCGAAGCGCAGUAUCCUCCUGCACAGCUGCUUCAACAUCAACAAGCGCGGCGACACCAAGCACAAGCACGUGAUCGCCCUGUACACCAAGGACGAGUGCUUCUGCCUCAUCCUCGACACCGAGAAGGAGCUGGACGAGUGGCUCGAGGCGAUGCUGAGGCUGCAGAGCGGGGACGUGCCCGAUGGGGAACAACCGCGGCCUACAUUCGAACACAUAUGGCAAGUUACAAUGCAAAAGAAGGGUCUAGGAGCACGGAAGAAUAUUCACGGACCCUACAGAUUAUGUCUCACCGAUCAAACUUUAAGUUUAGUGAAGGUUGGGGCACAAGAGGACUCUGACUCUGUCGAGAUUUCACUAAAUUACAUUAGACGAUGUGGUUUCGCGGAUGAUAUCUUCUAUAUAGAAGUUGGUCGAUCCGCUGUUACCGGGGACGGUGAAUUCUGGAUGGCAGUCGAAGAUAACAAUAUCGCAUUGAAUAUGAACAGUGUAAUAACGACUGCGAUGAAGACUUCCAAGACAAGAUCUUGGAAGUUAAGAUUAUUAGAAAACAACAAGAAUAAGGAUAAUAAGGGCAAGGAUAAUAACAAGGAUAAAGAUAACAAAGACAAGGAUAAUAAGGAUAAGGAUAACGAGAUGGAACCUCGUCAAAGAAGUUCCUCUGCCAAUGAAGCCAGUAAACCUAUAUCCGUUCUCCAACAACGGCAGACGGGUCAGAAACUUGGUUAUGGCUAUUCGCCUCUGGAGGAACAGAGGACACACAAGGAGCAAGUGGAACCAUUGCAAGAGCAGAUCGCUACUUCUUAUGCUCCUACACAGUGUAAUCAAUCUCGGAAUACCUUCUCCACCAAUACAGUCACGGCCGUUGCUGGUACCGGGGCUUGGACUACUGGGCACGCGACGACUAAUGCCAACAGUGGCGGUACCGCUAGACGUCGUCAUUCGGUAGCGAGUCAUCCUCAUUCCGUCAAUAAUUCCCAAUCCGCUCAUGUCACAACAGCAGCAACAACAAACGCGACCACUGUCACUACCACCACCAUCACCGCAACCACCACUACCAUCACCACUACCACCACCAUCACCGCGAUGACCACAACCGCGACAAUAUCCCAUCAGAGAACCCUGUCGCUGCCCUUAGCUGCUGUUAUUAUCAAUCAAACGCAACCAUCUAAAAGAUCCGUUUUACGGUGUGCGACUGUGCGCCAUCGAUGCGACAGUUUGCCAUCGAGAGCUUGUACCAACAACGAGGGACAGCCAAUUGCCACGGUUACGGCAUUGAAUCUUCGAGGGACUCACGCCAUUCCUCAUGUGCCACGACCGCAUUCCAUGUGCGGACGUACAUCGUACUCCCCGCCGAUCGCCUCGUUGCCCAUCAGCCCUGGUUCCGACAUGUGCUCGUCGGACUCAGCCGGAUCGUCGCCCUCGAUGGAUGAGUGCGGUGAGAAUAUUAUGGAGGAAAGCACUGUCUCGCGAUACGGGCAUUCGUUGACACCCGACGAGCCCGUGAUCCUGGACAAGAAGGGCGACGACUACAUCUACUGGUCGACGUCGCACUCGCAUUUGAAAUACUCGCCAAAUUUUAAAUCUCAUUCGCCCUCUCAGAGUUCCUAUCAGAGUGAAAUGUACAGUCCUUGUGGUUCGAGUCCCGGCCGUGGAGGUGCGUAUAUGCCCAUGAGUCCAGCGACGACGAUCCAUUCGCAUUCCCGUGGAUCAUCUCUCGUGGAAGAAAGCAAUGUGGAAGGUUACGUGCCGAUGGCGCCAGUCGGCGACGAUGGUUACGUAGACAUGGAUCCUGUAAAUAGUCAUAACGGUCACUUCCCAGAUGAUAUGUCGCAAAACGAUGGCAGUAGCUGUUCCGUUACAUCUGGUACGCCUAGCACAGAUCUGCGAUUUUCCGAAUAUCACUUGGACAAGGUGACCAGCUUUCUACCACCUGGGGAAGAUCUGCAAGCCAGACCGACUAGAGCUUAUUCUGUCGGGUCUAGACCGGAACAGGCGAAUAGGCAUCGUAAAAAUAGAUUGGAUAUCACUCCGCAAGACUCCAAUAGAGUGCGAGCAUUUUCUGUAGGCAGUCGUUCCAAGAGACCUGAGAUUGGAAGACUGGCCAGUAUAAUGAACGCGCCAUUACCAGCUGGUUCGGAUAAUUCAAACUCUAAGUCGAGUUCCGCGCCAUUGUUAUCAAGCUCUUGGGGACACAAUUCAGGCUGUUCCGGAACGUCCGAUCGAAUGGAGGAUCUCAUGGAAUUGGAUUUCACGAAAUCCAGUGCUCCAACCACUGUCUCCUCGCCGCCGUCAUCUUGUUCUCAGCCUCAGUCGCAGCCGCAAUCGUACUCUACUGCCACUGACACUAGUUCCUAUGUCGACAUGUCGCCCGGACAAGCUCCUGUAUCGACCACUGCCCCGUACGUCGAUAUGAGUGGCAAUAAGAUCAAUCGCAAUAACAAUAAUAAUACAAUCACUGCCAACCACAAUCAUAGCCACAUGCAUAUAUCAUCGUUAGCUUUUGCUCAUAAACCUAUAAUUACGACUUUAAAGCCAGUGGAGGAAGCGGAGGGACCUUAUAUGAAAAUGGACGGUACGACGGAAGAUUGGACGCAUCCGAACGCAAGUCCGAAGCAAGUGUCAUCGCCUAUACAAGAGGAUACUUAUCAUACAAAUGGACCACCGGGUAGCACAAGAACAGCACCGGUAGAUCUUCCGCAACCGAGGCGUCCUCCGGAGGGAUACGUUGAAAUGUCGUUUAAAACUCGACCGACUCUAGACCAGGACUACAUGAAUAUGAACAUGGGUGCAAACAAUCGGAAUAAUCGUAAAUCACGGACUAGCAAUCGUAAAGAGAAAUCGCGAUCACAACCAAUCGCAAUUCAGGCGGGUAGUAAGCCAUCAAAAACCCCUAGCUUUUUACCCUUGAACGGAAGCCCAAUGUCCGAGAGUCUGGCAAGCACACCAGCUUCACCGCCGCGAGCAACGCCGACAGGUUCAUCGGCUACGAUUUUUCCCUUUUCUCUGAACAGUCCUCAAUCACCCGUGAAGCCUUUUAUAAAAAAGAGCGACGAAUUCUCCAUGGCGAACGUUUCUAAACAAAAUAAGAACAAUGACUAUGCGGUGUUGGAACCCGCAAAAAUGAUAAAUUCUUCGAUGUCGCUUUCCGCGUUGAACUCUACCCCAUUGACGGAGACAUCGAAGUCAAGUGCGAAUAAUGAGAAAUCGCCUAGUUCGGUAGGAAAAAAUGCUGUACGGGUUGCAACAAAACCUAUGUCGGAAUAUAGUAUGCUCAGUAACAUCAUAACGAAAAAGCUCUCGGAUCUGACGGUGUCGAAACCGCGUCUCGUCACGGCCUCGCCGAACACUAGCCCCACUCUGACGGGUUUCAAGCCGUCGACUGUGCAACAGCCGAAACCAUCUUCGCCCAAGUUCAUCGAUGAGACUCCUACGCCUACGCCCACAUCUACGCCCACGCCUACGCCGAGUCCAUUAGACAGCGAGGGGUACGAGAAGCUUCAACCAGGCGCGACGAUUCUGCAUUACGCUCAUCUAGAUCUACCGGAGAUUGGUAAUCCGUCACCUAUAUCGCCAGUGUCCACGCAAGACAACUUUACCUAUGCCGAGAUCGAUUUUGCAAAAUUGAAGCAGAGUUAAGAUGCGGUUAUCUUUUCACGCAUAUUUUACGUGUAUCGCACAAAUCGCGACAGGGUGACUUGGCUGACGCCUCUUGUGUUCCCCAUGAUAGCAACGAGUAGGCAGGGUAUAAUCGAUUUUGACAUUAGCUCGGCUGGUCUAAUGAACAAGUCGCCGGGGAACCGUAUAGAAACUGUAUAUAUAAUUCAUUUUUUUUCUCCAGAGCCUAAUGCGAUUACACUGCUCGCCGAUCUUUUUUAGCGUACGGAGAUUGGCAGCCUAUUUUAAAUCGUUUGAAAAAAAAAAAAUAAGCAUCGUUGGUACCUAUAGUUCUGGUUGUACUGCAUUAAUAUCGUAUUUUAUCAGAGUAAUGUGAAAUUUUUUAGUAUAGGCGAGAAAAUAUAUACUUUUAUCGCUGAUUCCGAAGAGAAAGAGAGAGAGAGAGAAAGAAUUUUCAAA